AUGAUGGAGCACCCCGCCGCAGUGGAGGAGGGAGAGAAGAAAAGCAGCAGCAGCAUCUCGUACGCAACCCCGUGGGUCGCCAACGGACUGUCGUGGGCAAAUCAGCCCAACAAGCCCUUCCGCCUGGCCAUCUCGUCCUACACUAAGGAUUACCGCAACUACGUAGACAUUGUGGAGAAGAAUGAGGACAACGAGAUCGUCUGCCGUGCCUCCUGGGAGCACUGCUACCCUCCGACCAAGGUCACCUUCCCUCCGCGUCCUCUGCAAUCCGACGUUGUGAUCACCACCGCAGACUAUUUGCGUCUGUGGGAGAUCACCGAGGGUGCCCCAAAGGCAGAAAAGGCAGCCUCCACCCGUGGUGACCCGCAGCACGCAGCGAAGGCCAAAACGAUCGACUCGAAAGUGACGAUGAAGCGCGUCUUCGACAGCGCAAAGCCGAACGACUUUUGCUCGCCAGUGACCUCGUGCGACUGGAACAGCGAAGACAUCAACACCGUGGCGUGCUGCAGCAUCGACUCCACGGUGACGUUGUGGGACGUGGAGACGGGGGCGCAAAAGACGAAGUUGGUGGCGCACGACAAGGAUGUCUAUGAUAUUGCGUUUGCCUCUGCUCACACCUUUGCUAGCUGCGGCGCUGACGGCUCUUUGCGCUUUUUUGAUCUUCGUAACAUGGAUCACUGUACUAUUCUCUACGAGACGCAAGGGCUCUCGCCGCUGCUGCGCCUGGCCUGGAAUCAGUUUGACCCCUACUUCAUCGCCACCUUUGGCAUUGAUAGUCCCGAUGCGGUAGUGAUUGACAUGCGCUAUCCGACAGUGCCGGCCUCCCAGCUCUCCCAGCUGCAUCAACUGCCCAUUAACAAUCUCACCUGGUCGCCACAAAACGCGCAGAACAUCUGCACCGUGGGCGAGGAUGGCCUGGUGUGUGUGUGGGAGGCUAGGGCGGAAAAAGGUCGCUCCAUCUUAUGGUGUGACUGCGAGGUGCCCAUCAACAAUGUGGCGUGGCGCCGUGCCGAAAACGAAGACUGGAUGGCCAUUACCACCUCGAAGGGCGCUCAGCUGCUGCCGUUGUAG